GCUUCUGGACCGAAAACUGGUGCACUAUUAAGGUUAUAUAAAGAAACGACAGGGAAACAAUUAACUUCUAAGGCGUUUCGUUCUUGAGGGUGUUGCAACUAAGCGACGCCUGUUAUGGAUGAGCAGAAGUAUAAACUAUGAGCUUCCAUAAAAACUAAAGGGCGAGCCGCUAUAAAGGAAACGGAAUCUGAAGUACAUCACUGAAUAUCUGGAUAUCAAAAUGACAAAAGAGGAGGAAAACCCUGAGUGGGUUGGUGGUCAAGAAUUUUAUGACAAAUAUGAACCAAAGGAGAUAUUAGGACGAGGUGUGAGCAGUGUAGUUCGCCGAUGUGUGGACAAACGGACUGGCCAGGAAUAUGCAGUAAAGAUCAUAGACAUCACACCAUCAGACAAAAUGACAUCUCAAGAGAUACAAGAAAUCCAGCAGGCCACUGUGAAAGAGAUCGACAUUCUUCGAAAAGUGUCUGGACAAAAAAACAUAAUUCAACUGAAGGAUUGCUUUGAAUCAAAUGCCUUCUUCUUUUUGGUAUUUGAUCUGAUGAAGAGAGGGGAACUCUUUGAUUACCUCACAGAAAAAGUCACCCUAAGUGAGAAAGAGACAAGAAAGGUAAUGCGAGCUCUUCUGGAGGUGGUUGAGUAUCUUCACACCCACAAUAUAGUCCAUCGUGACCUGAAACCAGAGAACAUUCUCUUAGAUGAUGAUGUGAAUAUCAAACUCACUGACUUUGGCUUCUCAAUCCAAAUUGAGCCUGGACAAAGACUGAAUGAGGUUUGCGGGACACCAGGUUACUUGGCUCCAGAAAUCAUUGAGUGCUCCAUGGAUCCCAACCAUGCUGGCUAUGGGCCUACUGUUGACCUCUGGAGCGCAGGUGUGAUCUUCUACACUCUUCUGGCUGGAUCUCCACCUUUCUGGCACAGGAAACAAAUGCUGAUGCUUCGAAUGAUUCUUGCAGGACAAUAUGAAUUCAGUUCUCCGGAGUGGGAUGACCGCUCGGACACUGUCAAAGACUUGAUUUCCAGGUUAUUAGUUGUGGACCCACAAAGUCGUUAUACAGCCACAGAAGCCCUCAAUCACCCAUUCUUCCAGCAGUACGUGGUUGCAGAAGUUCGUCAUUUCAGCCCUUACAGGAAAUUCAAGGUUAUUUGUAUGACUGUACUUGCCGCCACGCGUAUCUACUGCAACUAUCGUCGUGCCAAACCUGUCACCAAGGAAGUGAUCCGCAGCGACCCGUAUGCCAUCAAACCUCUACGCAAGAUGAUCGACGCAUGUGCCUUUAAGAUCUACGGCCACUGGGUGAAGAAAGGGCAAACUCAGAACAGAGCAGCAUUAUUUGAGAACACUCCAAAAGUCAUUCUGCUCUCCAUUGCAGCUGAGGAGAUGGAUGCAUCACCCAGGACUUGGUGAGGGUUCAUCAUCUCUGAAUAAUCCCAGAUACCACAAUUUACCUUAAGAACAUGUUGACAACGGUCCAAAAAUACACCUCUACUGCUAUGACAGUAUAUUUCCCCCUUAUUUACACAGAGAGAAGGAAAUAACAAGUAAAUUAUAUUCAAGGGGCUUUUAUUUUAU